CUAUCUUUUCCCUGUGUACAUAAACUGUGUCCAAAUGUCCUCCUCUUUGAAGAACACCAUUCAUAUUAGGGCCCACCAUUCAUAUUAGUUGAAUUCAUUUUAACAUAAUUACCAACUUAAAGACUAUAAUCUCCAAAUAUGUUCACACUCUGCAUUUGAGGGAUUAGGAUCUCAAAUUAGGUCUUCCAAUGAACUUUUGGGAAGACAUAAUUCAGCUUAAAUAUCAUCUUUAAAAUAAUCCCUUGAUUUUUUUUUUUAAAUUUUAAAAAUAAAAGGAGGAAAACAUUAACAGACAGACAACCUCCCUUCUUGAUUUAUGUUAACUUGAAGUGGGUCCCUGUUACCCAUAACUGAAUUAUCCUUACCCAAAGGGCUCAAUUCUUUUUUAUUUUUUGUUUGUUUUGCUUUUGUUUUUUUGAGGCAGGGGCUCACUAUGUAGUUCAGGCUAGCCUUGAACUCAUGGAAAUCCUGCCUCAGCCUCUGGAGUGCCAAUUUAUUGCAUUCUACCUCCACAGACCUACUACCUGCCCCACCCCCCAAACUGGUACAGAAAACCUAUCAGGCACAGGGAGAACUCUGUAGUGAAUGCCGUGAUAUACUACACUGAACUCCCUUUAAAAUUAAUGCAUUUAUAACUCCUAUCCACCAGAGUGCCAGCUGCUGACAGGUCCCAGCUAAUUCCCAUCCUAAGAACUUCCAGCACUGCCAGUUCUCCAAGGUUAUGCCCUUGCACAUCAGCGACCUCAUGAUGCAGAUGUCCAAGAGUGCAUCGCUCUCACCUCAGUUCAUUUUUUUCUUUUUCUUUUUCUUUUUUUGGUACCGGGAAUCAAACUCAGAACCUUGCACUUGCCAGGCAGGCACUUAUGCCACUGAACUAUAUCCCUGGCCCUUUCAGUUCAGGACAGCUCUGAAGGCUACAUCAGCUCCAGGGUAACUUGGAUGGGCUAAGGUCUCUGAACCAAACGCAUCACAAUCACCUCACCCCCUACCCAACCCUGCUCUCCCUCCUGCCCCCACAGAGGUGCUGUGCUGAUCCUGAGGCUACAUCCAACAAAUGCCCUGCCCACAAAUCCAUCUUACAGUCUACUUUUCAGGAAACUACCUGGAGUAGAUUCUAUGCCUAACAGUGUAACAAACAUAAGAACAAGGGGAAAAAUGAACCAGGAGCACAGGAGGACUAAAAUCCUAGGGGAUUCUACCUAGAAGGACAAGCCAAUCUCGCCAAACUCUGGCUGCUCCCCAACUGGCUCCUCUGCACUGUGAGUCUGGUCAAGGAAGCAGGAAGUGCUGCUCCUAAGGACAGAGACAUGGGACUAGCUGGCCAGGCCAUCCUGCUGCUCCUCCUGCUGGGGUCCCACCCAGGCUCUUUUACCGAAAAGGAAAACCUGCAGGAAGUGUGUGGACGGCCUGUAUACUCAAGCCGCAUUGUGGGGGGCCAGGAUGCUGCUGUGGGACGCUGGCCCUGGCAGGUCAGCCUACGCUUUCACCGGAAUCAUAUCUGUGGAGGUUCCCUCAUCAGUGAGAGAUGGGUACUGACAGCAGCACACUGCAUCCGAGGGUCAUUGAUAUCUGCAUAUAGUGUGUGGACGGGAUCUAUUAAAACACAAUACUCAAGUCAAGUCAAAGAGUACUUUGUGUCCGAAAUCAUCAUCCAUCCGGAACACUACAAUACAAACGCAGACAUUGCUUUGGUGAAACUGUCCUCCCGAGUCACCUUCACUUCUCUCAUCCUGCCCAUCUGCUUACCCAAUAUCACAAAGCACCUAAAAAUUCCAGCCUCUUGUUGGGUGACUGGAUGGGGACGACUUAAAGGAGGUCCAGUUCCUAUUCAUCCUUCUAGGCUCCAGGAAGUGGAAAUACCCAUCAUUAACUACGAGGACUGUGACCAUCUCUAUAACCCAUUUGGCAUUUUCUUCCCAGCACUGGAGCCAGUCAUUAAGGAAGACAUGAUUUGUGCUGGAGGUUUACGAACUGGGAAGGAUAGCUGCAAGGGUGACUCUGGGGGACCUCUGUCAUGUCGUAUUGAUGGUGUAUGGAUCCAGAUAGGAGUGGUAAGCUGGGGAUCAGAUUGUGGUACAUAUCUUCCUGGGGUCUAUGCCAACGUGACCUACUACCAAAAAUGGAUAAAUACCACUAUCUCAAAAGCAGAAGUCUUCAGUGCCACCAAUCUGAACUUGCCACCAAUCCUGUUGUAUAUUUUACUACUUUCUCUGGCUCUCCUGGGACCCUGCUGUGCCUUUGGGUUUGACACUGUACGGAGAGUGAGCAGCACAGCUGAAGCUGCAGGCAGAGUACAGAGCUGGGAUGGGAACGCAAGAAGAUUGAACUCAGCGGCAGACAACUCACAGAAAAGUCAUGGAAACUUUGGCUGACUUUACUUAUAGUCUAAAAUGAUCUUGCUCCUGAAGUUAUGGAUUUUGUAAGUGUACUUUAGUGGUGGGAACGUGAACAACUAAGAAAUAAAGCUGUCACCUCUA